UUUUUAACACCAUAAUAAGAAUGUGUUGUUAAAAAUGUAUGUAAAAACACGAAUCGCCAAAUAGAAUCAGUUAAAGCAAAUCAUCAGCACCGCCAAUCUCUGCAUCAGCCAUCAAGAUGUUGCAGUCAACAAGCAUAACUCCAGAGGUUGGAGAAACACACAUCGCUUUGUUACCCUGUAUAUGCCAUUUUCUUUUACAACGCAUUUCCUCAGGGUACAAAGCUUAAAGGUUUAAAAGUGAUAACAAGACUUUGGCAAAUAUUGGCGAAGAUUACACCGGCAAAGUAAGAAAAUAAUUAAAAUGGGCAAACAAAACAGUAAACUAAAGCCUGAGGUCUUAGAGGACCUAAAGCAGAACACUGAAUUUUCAGAUGCCGAAAUACAGGAAUGGUACAAAGGUUUUUUAAAGGAUUGUCCCAAUGGCCACUUAUCUGUUGAGGAAUUUAAAAAGAUAUAUGGCAAUUUCUUUCCUUACGGGGACGCUAGUAAGUUUGCAGAGCAUGUGUUCCGGACGUUUGAUGCGAACGGCGACGGCACUAUAGACUUCCGGGAGUUCUUGUGCGCUCUUAGCGUGACGUCACGCGGCAAACUCGAACAGAAACUCAAAUGGGCCUUCUCGAUGUACGACCUGGACGGCAAUGGCUACAUAUCCCGCCAGGAGAUGCUCGAGAUUGUCAGUGCAAUUUAUAAAAUGGUGGGAUCAGUUAUGAAAAUGCCCGAGGACGAAUCGACACCCGAGAAGAGGACGGACAAAAUCUUCCGUCAGAUGGACACGAACAAUGACGGCAAACUUUCCCUGGAGGAGUUCAUUGAGGGUGCUAAGAGUGACCCAUCCAUUGUCCGGCUGCUACAAUGCGACCCGCAGUCAGAGUGAUACGCCAGAUAUUAAUAAUGCGGUCACACGGACAUUUGACCUUAUACAUAGUACCUAACCUGUACAUUAUCACUUAUGAUGCUUCUAUAAGCUAGUGCCCGGCAAAAGUUCCCUGUAUGUGACAUGUACGGGACUUGUCCUGUUGCUUAGCUGUCUAUACCAGUUUAAAUUCAACAUGUAUUGUAGUUAUACGUUUUAAAAUAUACCCAUUGUCUUAUUAUAUUGUGAUUGGACAGAACGCAAGGGCUAUUUAUAGAUAGUUAAAUUGUAUUUAAAAUUGACAAUAUUUGAUAGGUUCAUUUAAUUAUUUUAGAUGUUACAGACAAAAUAUUUAGAAUUGAAGAUUAAGGAACAAUGUUUGUAAUUUGUAACCAUAUCCUAAUUUGACUGUAAGGUAACAAUGGUAUAUAUAAUAAAUUGCCUGUCACCAGGAUACUAUAUUCACACGAGGGCAGCACAGAAAUUGUUUGCAUGCACACACU